AUGACGGAUUCGAAUGCUGCCCGCUUAUCUCCCGCAAAGGCAGGUCGUGCCUGGAAGGGCGUGCGUGACACCUUCAAGGGCUUCUUAGACGAGUUGCCUGCCAAAGGUUUGGGAAGUUCAGAAGGCCCUGGCAAAGAGCAGUUGCUCGAAGCAGCUCAAGACAGACUGCUUGAGCACAUCGUUGCCAGCAUCAACCAGGACACCGCCCAGGGAAGGCGCAUCCGCGAACGAUGGACAAACGCACAAUCCUCCAAUCUUCAGGUGAAAGAAGCCCUGCGAGCACGAAACUUCCCAACAAUGCUCCCGAUCGCGAAUACUUCAGGCCAGGGACGCGCAACCACGCGGGAUGCCUGCGAAGCAUUCUUUCCGGAGAAGUGGUGCCAGCUUUUGCAAGACGAUGAGAUUCUUGCCGAGCUCGUCGUGGAUUGCGCUACAAGCGCCAUCGUGGACUCCUUCUUAGAUUCGGCAAUAGAGCUACUUGAAGCUCACGAAGGCUGGUCACCGACAAGUACCGGUGUUGCCAAAUCCCCGCAGCAGAGAUAUGGGAACUUGAGCAACCCACUGCUGGCUGGCGGCUGGGCUGCUCUGAGCAGCUCAACAUGCACAGAGAGUCUGGGUGCUGGUUCACCAUGUGCACAGCAUCCUGAUGUGCCGAUUGUCCAUCGACAGCGUACCGUAUAUGACAGCGUGACAAGAAGCAGGAGUUCUGGCGAACUUGACACCUCAACCGAAAAAGCGUCUGGGUGGUCGACGUUGAAGCAUUUCAGAAGUUCGAAGCCUCUGGAUCCUUUCAUGGUGCGUUUACAUGCGUUCACUGAAUCUCAACGACCAGCUCGGCGCUUGACUAGGACGCGGAGUGAUCCAUUCGGGCCAAAGUGGAGUGUACCCAUGAUGGCUUCGAACUUUCCGGAAUACUGGAACAGCAUCGCCCCACCACCAAAACCCGCCAUGACUUCGACAGGCAUGCAGAGGACGUCAUUGAGCGAAGGAUGGGAUGAAGAAGAGGUCAUCCCUCCCGGAUACAAUUGGCUGCAAAGGAAGACACGCGAUGGGCAGACAGUCUUCCCGUACUCCUUGGUGUCGCACCGGGCGUUCUUUGAGUGGUUCGCCCAGAGUUGA